AUGACUUUAAUAGAAUCUGGGGAGAUUCUUGCUAGACAACUUGCAAGUUUAGGGGCCAAACUUAUUAUUUCUGCUCGAAAUGAAGCUGAAUUGGAGAGAGUCAAGAAACAACUUACUGGAAAACAUGCACCGGAUGAAGUGAUGAUUUUACCUUUAGAUUUGACAUCUGGGGAAGAUUUUCUUAGAGAGGCUGUACUGAAAGCUGAAUCCUUUUUUGCGGCUGCUGGUGUGGAUUAUUUGAUCCAUAAUGCAGCCUAUGAGCGGCCUGCGAUGGUGUCCCCUACCCUGUCCCCUCUUAUUUGGCCUGAGGCAAGGCUACGUCAAGACCAAGGGUGGCCGUGGACCCCUUAG